GUGUCAGCCAACGUCGUUUUUAAUACUCGUCCGCGCAGUUCUCUGGCAACACUGUCAGUUGACGUGGUAUAAAAACAAGCGGCUUUUUACAAGUCAGAAAAUUUUGCAAAAAGCCAGGAAAAAAUUGGAUAGUUUCUCAAAUAAAUUUAACAUUUUCAGGGCAGUAUUUCAUUAAUAAACAAACAACAAAAUGGGUUUAGCUGAGACACUGCAAAUCGAUGAAAUGGUGCAGGACUUCAAGCGUAUGAAUAAACGUCAGUCACUGUAUCAAUUCUUGAGUUUUGCCAUGAUUGUUUCAUCCGCCUUGAUGAUCUGGAAGGGGUUAAUGGUGGUAACUGGCAGUGAAUCACCCAUUGUGGUGGUUUUGAGUGGCAGUAUGGAACCCGCAUUCCAUAGGGGUGAUCUCUUGUUCCUUACCAACUACAAAGAGGAACCAGUACGUGUAGGUGAAAUUGUUGUCUUCAAAGUAGAGGGUAGAGACAUACCCAUUGUGCAUCGUGUUAUUAAAUUACAUGAAAAGGAAGACGGUUCCGUUAAAUUUUUAACUAAAGGUGAUAAUAACAAUGUAGACGACAGAGGUUUAUAUGCUCCCGGCCAGUUGUGGUUGACGAAAAAGGAUAUUGUGGGCCGUGCCAGAGGGUUCUUGCCCUAUGUUGGCAUUAUAACAAUAUUUAUGAAUGAAUAUCCUAAAGUUAAGUGGGCGAUUUUAUCGAUUUUAGCCAUUUUUGUUUUACUGCAUCGUGAAUAGUGUGUCCCAUUAGUUAUACUUUUUAAAUUAAAUAAGACUUGAAAAAUCUGCUGCAACAACAACAACAAAAUACAAAAUUUUCAAAACAAAGCUCUCAAACACACACAAAGAGGAAAACAACGCAAAUUCUUUUUUUAAGAUUAGUAUUGGUUUCGUAUUUUUUUUGUUUGAAUUAAUUUUGAAGUUUGAGCUGAACAAAAACAAGAAAUUUUAAAUAAACUUUAUUUACAUUUAAUUUGUAUUGAUUGCCUUAAUUACUAAUACAGUGUUCAAUUAAAAAAAAAACUCCAAAA